AUGGUUUCCCCCUUCUCUCCCGACUACAUCAUCAUCGGCGGCGGCACUUCCGGCCUCGUUGUCGCCAACCGCUUGUCUGAAAAUCUCGAUGUUAAAGUCUUGGUGCUCGAGGCCGGGAAGGACCUUUCUGUUGAUCCUAAGGGCAAGGCCCUCGGUGGCUCGUCAGUCAUCACCAGCCAUGCUUUCAUCGCUCUAGCCUAG